UCCGGGAAACAGCAACGACGACGAGGCAUUGGCAUCGACGGACUGCUCGUGGCGAGGUGACGAGGAAGAGAACUGAGGAACGGACUGGCAGUUCGAGCCUGGACUCGGAACGAGGAGAAUAAACCCUGAACACUCUCACGUUGUUGUCUGGUUGUAGGUCCGGGAGAGAUUUAACUGGCGCGGUCGACAGGAUCCCGACAGGAUCACCCAGCGUCACGCUCCUGGCAGGACAGAGUGUUCCGGCCAUCCUACGUCACUACUCGGACCACUCCGAAGGAGCGGCAGCUCGGCGGAUCGGACUCCUGGCCUACCGAGCUAAGGCAACGGCAACCACCGUGGGCUGCGUGGCAUCGGCUGCUGCAGCAGAAUUCUUGCAGUGGAGGACAGGUGGCGAGUCCAGGGACGGGUGAGAACCUCAAUUGAUUUUCUCCCGAAGGACCAGGUCAAUGGUGAGGACGAGGGGGAUGGAAAGGGCAGAACAGGGUAGAGAUCUCGCGCCGGAUGGGGCACAGCAGACUCCAUUGUCUCCUGGACAUAUGGAAGGGGUGACCGACUCUGAGCAGGACAGCAUGCGCGGAGACCCUGUGAGGCAGAGUAGUGGUGAGAUGGUGAACGCGACCGCUGAUCUGGGGGCGGAUCGAAGGGACUUGGAGGCGCUUAGGUUGCAGAUUGAGUUGCAAAGGUUAAGGUUGGCGACAGUGCAGACAGAGGUGCAGGCUCGUGGGGAAAGCGCGGCUGGAGGUACGCGAAGGCGCAUGGGCGAGUACGCAGCAGAACUACGGGCUACCUUGCCCCCGAUGCCCGAUCUGGAUGCCUUGGUGCCAGCAUGGUUUCGGAGUGCUGACGCGUUAUGUAAUUCCCUGGAAAUUCCUGAGUCUGUGCAGGGCGCUGUGAUCCUCCCUUUCUUGAAUGAGCGGAUGCGAGCUUUCGUGGCUUCCCAGACGGUCACAGAAAUCCUAACCUAUGGGCAGUUGAAGACGUUAAUUCUUAGAGUUAAGGCUAACGGCGAACACGUACAAGCGGUUAUUUAACAGCGCUACGAAGACUACGGACGAGUCUUGGAAUCAGUUUGCCACUAGAGUAGAGACGUUGUUGAGGUAUUACUUGGACAGUCGAGGCGUUCAGACGCUGGAUGACCUCAGGAAACUGAUGAUAUCAGACAGACUGAAGGAGGAAAUGUCUGAGGAAAUGCAAAGUGUUUUGCAGGGUGAAGUAAAUCAGUGGUUACGUCCUAGGGAACUGGUUUCAGCCGCAGAAAAUUUCGAGGAGUCGUGGCAGGAUGUAGCUGAUGCGAGAAGACGCGGUGGGGUCACGCGAGGUUAUCAGAACGGCCAUGUUAGGGCGGACAGGGAUACCGCACGACCACGUAGGACAGGGGACAGUGACGAUGGGAACCCGAGACGCUGUUUCCAUUGCGGGAGGUCCGGCCACAUGCGUAGGGCUUGCCCAGAGCUUCAGCGGGGAUCGGAGGGGCAACGGUCUCUAUCCCGAGCGGAUGGUCCACGGAGGUUAGUCGCAAAGGUCGGGUUCCAGGGUACAGACGGAACAGUGCGGGAUCGUGCGGACUGGGUGGACAUUGCCAUAGAAGGUAGAGCGGUCACAGCCAGAGUAGACUCCGGCGCGGAUGUAACGGUGGUGCACCCGAGAGAUCUACCAGCGAAGUGUUGGGCACAAGCGGGGGGUGUUGUACAGUUAAAGGGUGCUUUCGGAGCUCCGGUUGAGGCAGAACUGCGAUAUUUGGAUAUCGCGCUGAAAGGGGAGAAUAGGGGAGUGGGAGUUUCUCCUCAGUGUAGGAUCUUAUGUGCGAUUACUAGUGAGUUGUCGGAUGACGUCGGUGCCCUGAUCACGCCUCAAGAUUACGAGGAGCUCACCAGGGCUGUCCGAAGGGCCAAAUCUGAAGCGGAAGAGAUGUUCGCUAUAGAACGCCAGGUGGAUGCAGGUGCAGGGAUGACCACGAUGGGUGAGCACGUAGAAUUGGAAGACAGCGUAGCGGAGGAGUCAAGGGAAGCCGGCGCAGUUGUAGGAGCAAACAGUGUAGGGGUAACGGGCGAAUGUGCAGAACCCUCAGAUUUACAGUUUGCCAGGGAGCAACGGGAAGACACGUCCCUUUCGGACGCGUGGGAGCAGGCCCGAAGCAAGAUCCACGGCAUGCUCAUUGAGAAUGGAGUGCUCUUUCAUAUGGAAGAUGUCAAUGGUAAAAGACCACAGUCUCGGAGGGAGACAGUCUUAGAGUUAGCGCAUGACAGGCCGAUUGGAGGCCAUUUAUCAGGAAAGAAAACGCGAGCCCGAAUAAGGAGUUCCUUCUAUUGGCCAACGCUAGUAGCAGAUGUGAACAAAUAUUGCGCGAGCUGUCAUAUGUGUCAGACGUUUGCCCACCCCCGCGUAUCGGAUCGUGUUCCAAUCACCCCGCUCACCAGACCGGAACAACCGUUUCAAAUCGUGUAUAUAGACUGCAUAGGCCCGCUGGAACCGGCAUCCGCGAGAGGUCAUCGUUACGCCUUGUGCCUAGUAGACCUCUGCACACGUUGGGCCGAAGUGAUUCCUCUUAGAGCCUUAACAGCAAAAGCGUACGACCCAUGGCGGUACGUCAAAGCAGCUGAAGGGUACGAAGUACUGGACACAGAACGAGCUAGGCUCAAGCUUGAAAAUACGGUACGGUGGCGUUGUGACGACUGCAAGAUGGAAAAUCGAAGGCCGCGGGGUAAUGCCAGGAUCGUGAGGUGGUUGGACGGAAGCAUGUCAGUACAUUUGAGUUCGGAGAUAUUUCAUGUCCACAAGCAGUCAGAUUUUAGAGAGGGAAUAGGUCUGGAAGGAUAGAAAUACUCCAUUACCAGGCUUAGGCAGUUUCAGGUGGGCGACGAUCGAGCGCGAGGCGUGCGCAGUCGUGCGGGCACCCGGGCGGCUGGACACUUGGGUAUUCGGGGAAAGGACAAUGUAGCUGCAGAUUUCUUGUCGAGGUCGUGCACUUGAUUGGGCCGAGGGUUGGAGAAAUGUAUGCAGUGGUCGAGGGUUCAAUUGUAGGAAAUAACGCGUGCUCCCUGCUCGGGACGGUUGCGGGAUUUUAGUAUAACGUUAAUGUCAACUGUGUUUUGCUUUUGCUUCUUGGGGUUUAACUUUAUGUACAUUAUAUACUGGUCGUUCGUGGAACGUAUCAGUUGAGGUGCUAACCGGUUCAGGGUCAUGUCGUCUCUAAGUCCGCAGUGUCUCGUGCGCCUCAUGUGUAUUCGCCAGCCUUCAUCAGCACGCAUGAAACGUGGACACGGUUUCAUACUCGAAAGGAGGGAGGUGUCAUGUUGUCGGCUCCGGGAAACAGCAACGACGACGAGGCAUUGGCAUCGACGGACUGCUCGUGGCGAGGUGACGAGGAAGAGAACUGAGGAACGGACUGGCAGUUCGAGCCUGGACUCGGAACGAGGAGAAUAAACCCUGAACA